CCGCGGUUUAGUAGUAACGAAGGAGAAGAAGGUGGUGGAGUUUUACAGCAACGUGCCCAAACCGCCAACUCUUACAAACAGCUUCCCUUUCGCAGCCAAGGAUUCGGUGUAUACUACCUGGUGAUAAUCACAGAUAAUCCGAACCGAAACACUACACAAAGCAGCAACCCGGUCACCUGCUGAAGUUAUGAGACGGACAAAACAGCCGAGUGAAAAUAAACAGAACCGGUACAUCAGAUGCAGACUCGAGGUGCGCUCUGGUAGUGGUAAACACGCGUGGAUGUAAGUAUUCCUUCAUAAAAGGAUCUGGGACGUAUCGGUUAAACGUCGAGGAUUCACGAAAGUGUGUGCGGCCGGCCUGAGAGUCUGCCAGAGCCGGAGCGCCGAUCACCGGUAGAGCAGCCCCGGUGUGUGCUGUUCGUCAGCCGGGAGAGCCUGAACUCUCAAUCGCUUAUUCUCUGCCGAGAAGAUAAGGUCAGGAUCCGGCGACAUGCAGAGAUCCAAGAAAGGGAGACGUGGAGGAAAUAACCAAGAUACCUGUAACAGCAAGCUGCUAGUAUAUGAAAGCAGAUGUCACGUGUGCUGUGAAACGAGUUUUGGAAGUCCCCACUCCACGACAGUGAUCUCAGAGACAGGAGCUGCUCCAGUUCCAUCUGUCUGCCAAGGCACCUCAGUCUGGUAAAGGUAGAGUAGACCUGUCUGUGCGCCCCGUCGCUGCACUGCUAAAGAUGCAUCCCUUUGCCCAUACCAUGAUAGCAGUGUGAGUCGUUCCAGGGAUCUCCAUUAUGCUGUGGAAUGCACGGGCUGGCCUUAUCUUUAAAACCUGGAAUGGCUCAGACUACCACGCAGCGAGAAUCUCGCUGUCCUCUAUUAAUACCGCCACACUUGUUACUUACCAAUCUGCACGACCCAGCCAAAAACCUUACCACCCUGCUUGUGUCUCGGCUUCAUCCAUUUUCAUAUCCGUUAGUGAUGGAAAUGAGACUCCCAUUGCAUAGCAGUUUGAUCCAUUCCUGGUUUUACUGUGAGUAAUAAGACACACCUCAGGGUGUUACCUAUAAGCUGGAGCUAAUCAGGCUUGUAGUAAAACCUGGGAUGGGUGAAACAGCUGUGCAAUAGGAGUUUUUAUUUCCAUCCCUUAUCCAUGCAACCUCAAGCAUUAAAGGAGUAUUGAAGACGCUGACAUGUUCUCUUGUUAACUUUUAUUGGUUUUAUCUUUUAAACGUUCUGCAUGUAUAUAUGUCGGUUUGUUACCUUGUUUUGUUUGUCUGUUUUAAUGUAUUUCACAGUAAAACAUUGCCCAGCUGAGGUGUUGAGUGCGAGUAUUGCAGUGCACCGGUAUCUUCUGAAGCAGGUCGCAGGGUCAGCUUCUCAAGUUAAAGCGAGUUUCUAUGCGUUCACGUUUGCUUGUGAGGGUGCUCUCCAGAGCUGCUGGUUUUGCACCCACAGUUUGAACUCUCCCCCGGUGACGGGGUCGCCCAGAGGACAGCGGCUGUGCUGCUUGCUGGAAGGCCUGCAGUCUGGCUUGUUUUCUGGCUCUGUUGUUGCCAGUGUUGCGUGGGUUCAGAUGGGUCCACGCCAGUGAUUGGGUGGCGAGGUGAAGCGUGUUUACAGAACAGCACGGUCCUGGAAUUCUUAGAAGAAUACUUCCAGCCAGCCGUGGGAACACGGGAAGCGGUAGGGAUUGUUUUCUGAACUCUGGGACUCUGCUUCAGCUGCCCUGGGAGGAGGUUGGAACGGUGCAAAGGCUGAGUCUGCGGCGAGCGAUGAUGAUGUCGCCAGUGAAGUGCUGAGUCACUGCAGCAGUGCCAGUGACACGACCUCAGUCAAUGAAGAGGGAACUGGCACCGAGCCCGGGGAUGAGCAGACAGCCGCGGUGGAGAUGGAAGACAAGCUGAAGCAGUGCAUCGAUAAUUUAAUGGAUAAGAGUGUGAAAUCCCGCCUGAAUGGUCUGGAGAGUCUGAAGCUGGCAUUCUCCUCCAAGACGCUGUGUGACUUCCUUGUGGAGCGCAGGCUCACCCUGACUGACUGUCUGGAGAGGUGUCUGCGCAAAGGGGGGGUGGAGGAGCAAGCUGCUGCAGCCCAGGUCUCCGCUCUCCUGUGUAUCCAGCUGGGCGGGGUGUCGGAGGGAGAGGAGAUUUUCAAAGUCCUGCAGCCGAUUCUGAGCACCAUCCUCAGCGACCCCGGUGCCAACCCGGCCGCCCGCCAAAGCUGUGCCAGUGCUCUGGGAAUGUGCUGCUACGUUGCUGCUGCUGAUAAUGUGGAGGACCUGUGCAAGUCCUUGUCCCACUUAGAGAGCAUCUUCACCGAAUCCUACCCCAAGCGGGACGGCACCCUCCCCACCCACAAGCCCGGCAUCCAGGCCCUUCACUGCACCGCCCUGCAGUCCUGGUCUCUGCUCAUCACUAUCUGCCCUGCCUCCAGGGUUGACAAGCUCCUGGAAGAGCACCUGCCCAGACUGCAGGCCUGUCUGUCCAGCAAUGAUGUCCACUUCCGCAUAGCGGUGGGGGAGACCAUCGCCUUGCUCAUCGAACUGGCCCGAGAAUCUGACCGGGAGUUUGUGUAUGAAGACACGGAGGACCUGUGUGAGCAACUGAAGGGACUGGCGACGGACAGCAACAAGUAUCGUGCCAAGACUGACCGACGGAAACAGCGCUCUGUCUUCAGAGAGGUGCUGCACUCCAUCGAGAGUGAAGAUUUUACCGAAGAGAGGAUCCGGUUCAGUGUGGAGAGCAUCUAUAUAGAUUGCUGGGUCCGCAGGAGAAUUUAUGAUGCUUUUAAAGAGGUUCUGGGGUCUGGAGUCCUACACCACCUACAGCUGAACCAGCUGUUGAGAGACAUCUUUGAGCUGGGACCCCCUCUGAUGCUGGACCGUGUUUCCAUUCGAGCCAGCAAGGUCUCCCGCUUUGAGAAGCAUCUGUACAACUCUGCAGCGUUUAAAGCCAGGACAAAAAUAAGGAAUAAAGUGAGGGAUAAGCGAGCCGACGUACUAUAACAGAGAAUUGAUUUGAACUGCUGAUUGCAGACUAGCAGACACUGCACACACGGUGUCUCCUUCCCUCUCACACUUGAAGAACGCUGCUGCUGCCAUGUGGAACACUGCAGAUGUCAAUGUUCUUUUUAAAUUUUAAGUUGGUCAAGCAUAAUAAACAACCAGCAAUAUAUAUGGAUUAAUAUAAUGUUUAUAUUAACUUUACAUGAAACAAUUGAAUCUGACUGAUGGGAUAUUUUAGUUUCUUAUUUAUUGAGCUUGGAAAAGAGUAAUCCCUUUUUAAAAUGUAAAAACAAAGUGACUGAAGGAUUGCAGUAAGUUGUAAACGAACAUCAUUGUUUUUUUGCAGGGACAUGGGUAAUCAAAAUGAAGCCUUUUGUAGUUUUCUAUGUAUUUUGUGUAUAUAUAACAAAUAAGGUACACUAGGAUAAACAAAUUCUCGUUACCUCAAAAUAUAAAACGUAGGUGAGUUUUACAUGUGGGUUGGGCCUAAUGACAAAAGGUGUCCAUUUGGAAGUCUUUAAUAGUUAUUUUAUGCAUCAAGUAUUGAAUUUAUAUGAAAUUGAAUGGACUAUGAAUCUAAAAAUAGGGUUUGUUAAUAAAAUAUAAUAUA